UUAACUUUACUAAACACAACAGUAAAAGUAUUCAUUGAGGAACAUUGAGUAGCAAGGAUUAGACAGACAUGACUUUCAGUCUAAGGCACUAUCUACAGAAACUAUCCAGUCCAAAAAAUAUAUCACCUUUGUGCAUUUCAAGAAAUGAAAUGAAAUCACCCCUCUCUCAAAAUCUCCAGCCUUUCCAGACACACUAUAAUAAUCUUCAUUUGCCACUAUCAAACAGUUUGAGUGUUACAGAAGCCUCCCAUAAAGCAACAAAGAGUCAAAUUACAGGAAAGUAUUUAUCACCAUCAAGAAUUUGUGUAGUAAGAAAGCUGGAAUGGGGUUCUGAAUAUGCUUCAUCACCAAGGAAGAGUUCCCACUGUUCUUCCUGUAGAGUAAGUGAGGAAGCUAAAGAUGAUGGAGAUAGUUUGUUGUUACUUGAUACACAGAAAAUAACAGCUCUCUCAUCACAGGGACUGAAUUCCAGACAACACUGGAUAAAAUUGGGCAAAGGGAGCUUUGGAACUGUUAUCCAGGCGAAACAUGAAGGUGAAGAUAUAGCUGUGAAAAUAAUUCCAAAAACGAGGUUUCGUAAGUCUCUAGGAUCACUGAAGAAUGAAUAUAAUGCUUUAAAACUGUCCCACAAGAAUGUGGUGAGGGUACUACAGGUGACAGUCUCUGAGGGAGAAUAUGGUCUCGUUAUCAUGGAGCUUUGCACUGGCCUCAACCUGCUGUCUCUGAUCUUUGACCCAACAGUUAUCAUUAACAGUGUGCGCAGAACAAGGUAUGCCCUUGAUAUUGUACUUGCUCUUCAUCACUGCCACAGCAACAGGAUACUUCACCUGGAUGUGAAACCUAGCAACAUCAUGGUUUGCUCACAAGGAGAUUACUGCAAACUGUGUGACUUUGGAAGUUCUCAUGACAUGCGGGAGGAAGAGUACUGUACUGUGUCACCAAAUAUUAAUACUGUAGUGUAUACAGACCCACAAAUCCUCCAAGGUAAACUGCCGUCUGAAAAGUCUGAUGUUUAUUCCCUUGGAAUUACAUGUUGGCAGCUAUUGUCUCGUGAAGUUCCAUAUGAAGGAUAUACUUUACACACAAUAAUAUAUAAGGUUGGCUCUGGUGAGCUACGACCAAAGUCUAUAGAAGAUGCUAAAAUAGGAGAUAAUGACUUCAUCAGUCUGUACAACCUCUGCUGGCAACAAGAUGCUAUUAACAGACCAUCUGUCUGCACUAUUAUCCAUGAACUUAAGAAAAUUAUUGCUUCUCUCAGUGCACAGUAAUGCUGAAGCAUCUAUGUCAAG